GUGGCUUCGUAUAGCUAUUUUUUGGUACUCUGUUUCAGUUUAUUAAUUCGCUCUCACCUGCCCAAGUUUUCCACUUUGAGUGCUUUUAAAAUGUCUACUAGUUUUGUGCCAGUGCCAGCAGGCAGUGAUUUCCCCCUGGAAAAUCUGCCCUAUGCUGUUUUCUCAACUCAAAAUAAUAAAGUUCAUCGGUUGUGUGUGGCCAUUGGUGAGCAUGUCCUGGACCUGAAAGCUGUCUCGCAAUUGUAUCCUGUUCAAGUUCAAAAGAGCCUGCAGGCGGAAACUUUGAAUGAACUUAUGGGUCUGGAUUUUGAAGCUUGGGAUGUGGUAAGGACACAGACUCAGAAGCUUUUGACAAAGGGUUCCGAAUUGGAUCAGAAUGUGGACUUGAAGGCGAUUUCCAUUGUACCCCAAACCGAGAUAAGUCUGCAUCUGCCUGCCCAGAUUGGUGACUACACCGACUUCUACUCAUCCAUUCAUCAUGCCACCAAUGUGGGCAUCAUGUUCCGUGGUCCGGAUAAUGCCCUGAUGCCCAACUGGCGUCACCUGCCUGUGGGCUACCAUGGACGUGCCAGUUCUGUGGUGGUUUCCGGAACUCCUAUCCGUCGUCCACUGGGACAAACCUUGCCCGAGGGUGCGGAGAAGCCUGUUUUUGGAGCCUGCAAACUUCUGGACUUUGAGCUGGAGAUGGCCUUCUUCAUUGGUGGCAAGGGGAAUCAGUUGGGAGAACCCAUUCGUGUAGAUGAGGCCUGGAAGAAUGUCUUUGGAUUUACGCUGAUGAAUGACUGGAGUGCCAGGGAUAUCCAAAAGUGGGAAUAUGUGCCACUGGGUCCAUUCACGGCCAAGAAUCUGGGCACUACCAUCUCUCCCUGGGUGGUGCCCAUGGCUGCCCUGAAGCCUUUCCUUUUGGAUAAUUUCCAGGAACCAGAGGUGCUUCCCUAUCUACGUCAAAGUGUGCCUUUCAACUUUGAUAUCAACCUGGAGGUUUCUCUGAAGCCGGCCGAUCAGAAUGAGUCUCGUAUCUCCAAGUCGAACUUCAAGCACCUGUACUGGACACCAUUGCAGCAGAUCGCUCAUCACACAGUCACUGGCUGCAACCUCCGACCAGGUGACUUGAUGGCCUCUGGCACAAUUUCCGGUGAGACCCCUGACUCGUACGGAUCCUUGCUGGAGCUGUGCUGGCGUGGAACCAAAACGCUGGAGCUGCCAGGUGGUAAGACCAGGAAGUUCCUGCAGGACUAUGAUGAGGUCAUCAUUCGGGGUCACUGCGAGAAGAACGGACUGCGUAUAGGAUUUGGAGAAUGUGUAGGUCAGGUGUUGCCCGCACAUCCAGUGCCUCAAUAAGGGAUAUCUAAAGAUUAAGAAUGAAUAUCAUUGAUUAAAGACACUUGA